GACAUGCGAGUCGCGCGAGAGCGUGCACGAGCGCUCACUUUCGCUGACGACGCGCUCGGCGUGCACGCGCGCCUUGUGCACCAGCGGCUUGUGCAGCUUGUGGUUUUUCAUCUUGUCAGUUGGUCAGUCAGUCAGUCUUCCUGCUCCCACGAGAGCGGCUCGAUCCCGGCCAGUUUCCCGCGUUUUCCGCGACGAUUGCCUGCGACGGAUUGCGGAACAAAAUGUCACUGGGACCAGGAGCGACGAGACGAACUCUGGCGCUGGCGAUAUGCAUCGUCCUCGAGGUGGUGGUAGUGCACGCAUCGCCAGCCGAGCCCUUGCCCUCCACCCUGCUGAACGGCAUUGGUAACGUCGCGAACAGCGCAACGAACUUCCUAACGGGAGUCGUGCGACGGCAAAAACAAUUGUUGCAUCGCGUUACGGACACUGCCACGAACUACAUAACCAGCGCGGUGGAGAGGCCGAGAAAUUUAUUGAUCAACGCCACCAGGGUGACGACCGGAUACAUUGACAGCGCAGCGUCGAAGGGUCUCGAGUUUAAGCUGAGAAGAUUCCUGGAGAAAUUCCGCGCCCGAAUGCGCAACGGCAUCCCGGAGUUGGGCAUACCUCCCUUGGAGCCGUUCACGCUCGACGAGAUCGACAUCGACACGGACAAUCCGGAAAUAGGAAAAGUGCAUCUGGUGAUCGAGGACUUAGAGCUGAGGAAGUUGUCGACUUUCCUGAUCGAUCGCGCUAAGCUGUCGCUGAUCGGCCCUACCAUCGCAAUCAACAUUUCCAUUCCCGAGAUUUACGCGUCGGGCCUUUACAACAUAUCCGGUGUGCUAGGCGACACAUAUCAGCUACGCGGCGAGGGUCCUUUCCAGGCGACCAUACGCGACUUCCGCGCUUACGUGAAUACCAUGCUCGGCUACAGCAGAGGAAUGUACAUGAAGAGCUUCGUCCUGGAUUUUUCUCUCCGCGCGAUCAAGAUUCACCUGGAGAACUUUAUGGGCGGCCUGGAUGUCGGCAAAAUUAUGAGCAAGGUCUUCGAGGAAUUGACACCGGAGGCAUUAGACAUCAUUAAACCAGACAUAUUGCCGAUAAUACAGAAUUACGUGUCUAGCCACGUGAACGAGACGAUUCAUCAUCUGACUAUGAGGGAUCUUUUUCACAUUCUUCUGGGCGAGUACGAGUUUGGCGAUAUCAUGCAUCUACUGAUACCUUGAAGAGAACGUGAUCGAACGGCCAAGUCGCAUCGGACCGCGCAAUUAUAAACGGAAUAACGAGUUUAGCGUGACAGUGUCCGAAGAAUGGCGCCGAUAAAAAUGCGACGAAGUGCAGAUAAUUGAGGCCAAAGUGCACAACCUACUGUGUUACAAUCGAAUGGACCAUAAUCACGAUACGCGACCGAGUCGAGUUGACUUCGAAGUAAGCUUCGUAUUUCGUAAUCGAGCGAUAAUAAUUCGAAGAUACUUUAAGUACUUUGCUCGAUGCUCGCUUUUGACGACCCAUUGUCUUGCCGAGAAGCGAUGGUUAGGUAUAAAUUGUCGACUUGUUUGUUCUCCUAAGAGACAUGCGACGUUUAUACAUUCAUCAUCAAUUAUCCUCGAAACCGCGAUUUAUAUUGAAUAGUGUUCAAAACGGAAUUUCAAAAUUCCAGACAACUUUUUACAUAUGUACAAGUACAUAAUUUUAUUAAAUAUAUAUAUACUAUGUUGUAUGCGCACUAAAGUAUGAGUAGACGACAACUCUCUCUCUCUCUCUCUCUCUCUCUUUCUCUCUCUCUCUCUCUCUUUCGCGGUAUUAAUAUACCGCAAAAUUAUUUGUACACAUGUCACACCUUCGGCGUUUCUGAGAUAAUUCAUUCACUGGUGUCGUGAGUAUAUUCAUAAAAAAUUAUUCACUCUGUGUGUACGCGAUUCAAGAGGUUCGCUUGUAGGCGAUACAUUCAUCUCGUUAACAUACGCGACUGCGAAACCCAGUGUGAUUUAAUACGGAGGCACCAUGUGGUUCCUCAUCGCCUACCGAGGAUGCAUCAAUGCAAGAAAGACAGAGAGAGACAGAGAGAGAGAGAGAGAGAGAGAGGCACCAUGUUUAAUUCAUCGAAUCGUGCGCUGGAUGAAUAUUGGCGCACUUCUAAUCCGCUGAUAAAGGCGAGCGAAAGUAUUAUGACCUCGACGCGAUGGCGUCGAAUCUCGGCGUUGCGAAAAUUAACGUUGGCUAUUCAUCGCUGAUUGGCCAUACUGACGUUGGGAUCGGUGACGAACGAGGUGAUGUUGCUGAAAUGACUUGUUACUUUUAUCUUUUUUUUUUCGAGAGUGUUAUACAGGGUACAGCACUUAACCAUGUUGGCACGUGUGCCAUAGGUCGCGUAUUAAUUCUCGCUGGUUGCCAUAUGUUGCAAAGUGAGUCCCGUAAAUAUUCCGGAAAUCAGAUAAAUCAAAAUCCUGACGGAGAUUCGUUAGAAUUUAUUUACGUCUGGCACUUGGGAAGAUUAAUCGAGAUCAUUGCGUCUCUUUUCCGUCUAACACAGACUAAUAGCACGGUAUAUAAUAGUACAAUUUAUUUACCAUAAGUGUAAUUUACUGAUUUAAUAUCCGUUUCCCAGUUACCCGACUGGUUAUUUUGCGUAUCAGAAACAUUCAUUAUUCGCAAUGAUCAAGGCAUGCGAGCCAUUUCCAUUUUCGUUUUCCGAUUUCGUCUGUACAAUAUAGCGAUACGAUGUACAAAAUAGAAUUUGGCGUAUGAGGAGUUCGUAAUAUCGGAAUAUUGUGUGUUAGAAGUUAAUUGUUAUACUCUAUGUAGUUAUGCUACACGCAAUAUGCUCUGUGAAACGUUGUUAACGAUUAUAAUUAAUUGAAACCCAUCGCUUGUGACAGCAGAAUCAAUGUUAACGCAUUGUUAAUCAUUAUGAGAUAGUUUAGCGACAAUACGAGUGUUAUAAAAGUUGCAUCGUACUUACGCACAAUCUUACUAAUUAUCGACUUGGUAAUAAUUUGCCUGGUAUUAAAUUUCCUCAGAGAAAACCGGAGAAAGAAUAGUUGAUUUCCUUGGGAAUAAUUUAAUUUUUUCUCUAACUCUUAAUAUACUGUGAAUUAUGAAGUUCA